CAGCUCGGAAAGAUGGACGGGCUUAUUACGGAAAUCAAAACAAUAAACCACGGUCGAGAUGACAUCCUCAGAGCUCGCGAGGACAAAUUUCCAAAACUUGGGCGCGAAACCAGAGACCAUGGUCCCAGGAAUGUGUCAAGUACCGGUCCAGCGUCAUCAGCUGAUAUUCUAUCCAUAUUGAGGGCAAACCCUGGGCAGGAUGAGCUCUCUCGAGCUCUUUCUAUACUAGAUCCCUUUCGAAAAGGCGAAGUUGCACCCGACUUUGACAUCCGAGUUCCAAGCCCGAAAACUGCGCAGAUUCUCAAUGCUCUAGUCACCAUAACAGUGCCCGAUCAUUGGGACCCUCUCAACACAGGUUCAAACGGUCCAUCGACUGGAUAUAUGAAGCUCCGGGCAGCACUAUUGAGAUGUCUGAGUAGUGUCUCUGGUAUCAGCUGCUUAGUGGCGCAGCUCCGCUCUCUAAUCGCGCAGGCGCGCGCAUCUUCGCAGCAAGCGGACGCAUCGGGCAGUGGAAUUCGAAUCAGACACAUCCUCGAGGUUACUUCAGCUCUAUUGGAGCCCGAGGACUUUGUUUUGCGCUUGCGUGCCGACAUUGACAUGUUCUACAAGAAUGAUAUGCAAAAACAGGUCGCCUGGAAAGAGCUCCUAUCUCUAAUUGCCGCCAGUAGGGUCCUUUCGACUGCAGCAGAAGCUCUCUCACUAGCUAGCGAGUCUGAAUUCCGGAGACUCUCAUGGCUGGGAAACGGGUCGCAGUAUGCUUCAUGGCUUGGAGCUAACAUCUGUCAUAUGACUUCAAAGCUUGCAGCGACUGGCCAGGAGGAGCAAUGGAGAGCACUAGCUUCUCUCACUGGAAGAGCACUCAGUCUUGGAUAUACAGAUCAAGUAGUGAAAGAGAUAUACUCGGGUCUCCUCGUCAGUCAGCCACCCACGGAACAAUACGCUGCGCUUUUUGAUCGCCUUCGGUGGACUGAACAGCUUGCGGUGCUUGAAUCUGUUUUCCGCGAUAUCGAGAAGAAGCACUUGCUUACGGGGUCCGCCAAUGAGAACACUACGGCUUCAGAUCAACCCGUGAAUGCCACUGCGGCUCUGUGUUCCAUCCUUUUAUCGAAACGGUCUAACCUGGAAAGCCAAUUGAUAGAUUGGCUUUCCAAAGGUCAAGGUGGAUCAAUACAGACACCAGCGCUACGGCGGGCACUGAUAGUUAAUCUAGCCUAUCAGAAAGACCGCAUAACAACAUUACUUACCAAGAGUCUUGAGCAGUCCGCUGAUAAAAUCUACAUACAACACGCUCCGUUGAGAAGUCAAGAAGCAAACACUCAAGUCAUUCUUUUAGCCGCCGGUUACCUGAAUCGUCUCGACGCAGGCGAAAUGAUGAGCAUCGGCCGCUCUAGCGUCUUUCUUAAUGCUGUAUCCAAUCGUCUAGCGGCCGCUUCAACGAGAGCCCGUUUCCUAGGGAUGCUCAUUGGCACCGCGAUUUCGCAGCUCAUUGAGGAACCGGGAAAAGCGAUGCGAUUCGACCUUGAAGAAAUGGAAAGCACGGAAGCUGAAUGGUACUUGAGCCUUAUCCGCACUGAGGAUAGUAUCGGAUCCUUGGAAACGAUCAAAUUACAAGAGAAUCUCGCCCCACGGUCAAGUCAGAAAUUGGACAAGGGCAAGACCUUCACCUCAAAUUAUCAGCCCUUCAAGAAAGCCAGUCAGACCGCGACUUCAAAAAUCGUCGCGAUAGAAGAAAUAGGCGACUCGGAUGAAGAGGAAGAGGAAGAUGAGGAUGAGGAUCUGAUUCCGUAUGAGAAACCUGAUGAAGAUCCAUCAGACUCCGACGAUGAUCCAACGUUGGUACAGCGGAAGAAGCCCACUGCUCCAGUAUACAUUCGCGAUCUUGUGGCCGCUCUAAGAGAUACAGACAACCUCGAUCGCCAUGAGUUGGCCGUUGCGGUGGCCCCUGCUUUGAUCAGACGCAAAACCGGCUUUGGAACAGAGCUCGCAGAACAUAUAGAAGAACUAGCUCUCGUGGUGGUCGGGCUACAAGAACAGAGGAAGCUUCCGAGAUUCCAUGAACAACGCCUGCAGAGCAUGAUUGCCCUGAUCGUUUCGCAGCCUUUGAAGAUGGCCCAAUGGUUUACUGCCGUAUUCUUUGACGGAGACCUCUCUCAAGUCCAGCGAUCCGCAGUGCUCACUGCCUUAGGACUGAGUGCCAGAGAACUAGCUGGCGUUGGAGCAGAUGAUGCGAUAGCCCUAGGCCUUCCGGCAAUAUCAGACUCUUCCUUUCCGUCGAAGAAGCUUCCUCCCAGCCUUGAAGCUAUCUAUUCCAGUGAUGAAUCUCCCAUUGCGGCCAUAACGAGAGGAAUCACGCAGGCAUCUCUCCAGCCAUUGGCUGCAGAAGCAGCAGAUAAUCUCUCUGGUCCCAAUGCGCUUAAGGUGCGCACCUUCUCGUCGCGCAUGGCGGUCGAGAAAAGACGCCAGCAACGCGAAGCCCACCGGCAAAAGUCCACAGUCAAAGAUCUAUACAAAGUCUUGACGGAAGGGUUCUUCUAUCCUUUGACCGGCCGCUUCGAGAUUAUGAUGCUGCAAUUCACAUCGUCAACCGCUCCCUCCCAUAAUCCAUUCUUCGUGCCGCACCUCCUCGCCCUCUUCAUACAGACCCUCACCCUUGUCCUCUCAACAAUGGGGCCACACACACCCUUCCUACCGUCCGUCACUCAGCAAACCCUAACAUUCCUCCUCUCUCUCCACGCGCGCCCUGUCUCUGAAGAGCCAACUAUCCUCUCGGCAUUACUCUCGCUCUUCCUUGCCAUGAUCGACAUGAACGUUGAGUCCGGCACUUCCGGCGAAGAGCGGCUUGUCACGGAAUUCGCGACACAGGUAAUGGAAUUGCGGGAAUGGGCUGGGGAAAUCUUCGAUCGGACGCCUGCGGUUCGGGACUCGAGCGAUCCUCGCGAACAGAUUCGGACGCUGUCAGCUGGGGUCAUGGUCAAACUGGGAGAGGUGAUGGAGCGGUAUCAAGGGAGACUCAUGGGGGUCAAUUCUGGUUUCAAGUACUAGGCUGCCAGGUGAUUGAAAUGACUGUGUAACUUGUCAUCAACAUGCUCUGGUUCAUUGAUGCUUUCAAUCCGAACAAGAGAUAGACCAACACAAGACUUGAAAGUGUCGCUCUUCGCCAUUAUCCCACGUCUGCUCUUUCCAGACUAGCCGCGGGGUGACACUGCAGCACUCGUGACCCAGAAUCCAAGCUCGGCCACUCAUUCGACCCUCCUCUAUUUACUUUUCGAGCAACUUGCGAUCCUUUUUUCCCUCUGUCAGCCGCCAUCAGAUCAACGAACACCCCACCGACCGGGAUUCCAGUUAACGUCUCCUCAUGGGUCGACUUCCAGAUUUAGUUCCUGGUUCGGAGCUCGAAACACAUUUCUCGCCCAACUGCGAUGUUGAAACGGUCCACACCUACCACGAGCCGGUGGUGGAACAUCCAGCCCCGCCACCGGGGUCGGACACACCCAGGUCUCAGCGGGUUUCGAGAAGUCUACAGCAGAACCAGAAAUAAAUUUUUCGCGGACAAAAGUACGGCUGCGAGUCAUGAUCCCUCAAGGAAAAGUCAUACAGGAAGCCGAACUCGCGAAGUAGUUCGAUAGUGCUCUCGCGCACCUGGUACACCAGUGCUCUAUAACCCGCGACUUUCCCCUUAGGCUCGGCGCGAUGUCCAUCAUUUCACCAGGACGUCGCGCUCCUGUUGCAAGGUGAUCCGGUAUUCGCCCUCAUCCCCUGCAAUCCGAUCUGCACCAGCGGAACCACUCCGCGGACGGCGUCCGGGAGUGCCUCGUUGUGUGGCCCGGGAUGAACCUGGUGAAUUUAUCGGCAAUGUUGUACUUGCGGAGGGUAAGAGGAAGGCGGCGGGCGCCGACCGGCCGAGAAGACGCCUGUGCUGUAGUCGACCAUGUUGUUGUCUGCGUGAGCGCCGGUGCCGAGGACUGCGGAGAGGGCCUCAAAGUCGCAUAAGAGGGCUUUCUUUGCUUUCGGUUUUCGAGGGGUGGAGAGUAAGCCAGGUUUGGCAAACUCGAUGCCUGCGCGGCUUGUAGGCUGACUUUGGGCCAGGUUUGCUAUUGUGGCGACGAUUGCGAGUGGUCAUGGGAAGAGCCGACAUCGAGGAAGUGGGUGAUGUUUUCUGGAUGGAGCUGCAGGAUGUCCCCCUGAAGCUUGAAGACCGUCUGGUCCAGUCCGCUCUCGAACGAGUCUUGAUAGCCUAGGAUGACAAUCGGAAAUGGACUGGGCGAAUACACCUGGCCUUGAAGAAACACCUUAAUCCGGACGGGCACCCUGCGGAGCUUCACUUGAGUAUUAUCAUGUGCCCAUUUAGAUACAGAUACUCCCCAGAUAGGAUCCCUGCCGGUGAGUGUAUGUGUCGGAACGUCGACGUUGAACAAAUCGACUUGAUUGUCCAGUGUGGCGAACGCGAAGGCGAUCUGCUCGAGCCCGCUCCGGUUAUUGGAAAUGGAGGCGUCGAGAUCUGUGGUUGUUGGCCUGUUACCGUGGCCUACGUAGUCAAUAUUUGAACUGUUCUAAGCUGUGUAUACGCACUUGCAAACUGGGCCUCCAGACCCGAGGCAGGAGAAGGCACGGCGCCAGAAAGUAGGACAUGGCGGCCGGUCAGGGAAGAUAUGUUGUCAGAACGAGGGUCAAUGUUCAAACAGAUUCCGUUGUUCUUAGUUAGGAGAAACUGCGGGGAGCAAGCCUUAUGAGCUGUUUUGUAAUUUUUGUGGCAGUGGGCUACUCUCUCCCCACUGCAAAUCCGACGGCAACCCUCAGUGAGCACCGAUAUACAGCCAACCCCAUCUCAUUUGGGGAACGGUCACUACAACCAUCUAUCAAGACAACAGUAGAUGGUAUGACUGUCGUUUGGAUGAUAGCAUGCUUUGAAAUAGCGAACGAUACUUUGCUAUCAGGGGAUGGGCGUUGUCAGCGCUGUCAUCUGCUGUGAGUCGCCAUGGCGCCUAUAUAAACAGUCUCGACUCGUCCCUAAAACCCUCGCAGUUCUCGUAUAAUCUUAAAUGCACUACAGCGGGUUCCCACAAUAUCAAAGACCAAAACUCGAGAUUGAGCACUCGGUGACUGACUGGUGUGGCCGAAGGGAACAUCACCGAGACCCCCGAGCUUCCCAGGAGGUUCAACCUUCUCAGCGCCUGUGCCACAGGGAUUAGGACAGGAAAUGCGUGAGCAAUACUAGGUUGUGGCAUUGUACGUGCUCUUAGGAUGGAAGUGGCCCGCUUGAUGCAGCUGCCAUUGUCUAAAUCGCAUUAGGGCAGCAGAACAGUGGUACGAAGUAUGUGAGGCCGUUGAGGUGGGCGCCCAACUAAGAGCAGCAGCAGUUUAUAUCUCUAUUAGCCAGGUAUUUCCGUUUCCGCUUCUGCUUAUGGGAUUACAAUGAGAAUCCUGGUAUGGUCAGAGAUAUAGGGACAACGAGCCGGAGGGGAAGAG